GGGCGUAGGACGAGGGAAGGAGAGCCGUAAAGCGUUGUGUUGUGAUGAGAGAGGUCAUUGGAAAGUGAGCACAGAGCUACCUGGGCUGGUUCGGGGGACAGAAAGAUACUUUAUUGCUACCAGCUAUUCCGGUACCGGAGUAGAUCCAGCGGAAUUUAAAAGGUCUUUAGCGACUAAACUAACCAAGACGAAAUGCUUCGUCUCGUCCUGCGGCUGAGGAAUUCUUCAGCGAUUCCCCGGUGCCGUGGUGCCCUACCUGGGCCUGCCCUGAGCUCUCGCCCCUCUCCGGGACCUUGUCAUCUGAGGCUUUACCACGGUUUUGUCCGGUCAAGGGCUGUUUGCAAUGGAGGUAGUUUGAACACCGUGGUGUUCGCCAGCAGAACAGCCCCGCUGCCCGCCAGCGGCACCCAGCGCUUCUACAGCCUACCACCGCACCAGAAGGUGGAGCUGCCUGCUCUGUCCCCCACCAUGCAGACUGGAACCAUCGCUCGCUGGGAGAAGAAGGAGGGAGACAAGAUCAAUGAGGGAGACCUUAUCGCUGAGGUGGAGACUGACAAGGCCACGGUGGGGUUUGAGCUGUUGGAGGACUGUUACCUGGCUAAGAUCCUGGUAGCUGAAGGAACUGGAGUUUCCGUGGGCUCUGUCAUCUGCAUCACUGUCGACAGUGCUGAUCUGAUCCCAGCCUUUAAGGACCUGACGUUGGACAAGCUGGCUGCUAGCUCCGCCCCUUCUGCAGCUGCCCCUCCCCCCCCCACUGCUGUCGCCCCUGGAAGCUCCCUACCACCCCACAUGAAGGUGUGUCUGCCAGCCCUGUCUCCUACUAUGACCAUGGGGACAGUGCAGCGCUGGGAGAAGAAGGUUGGAGAGAAACUCAGUGAAGGAGAUCUACUGGCGGAGAUAGAGACCGACAAGGCUACCAUCGGGUUUGAGGUGCAGGAGGAGGGUUACCUGGCGAAGAUCAUGGUGUCUGAGGGAACGCGUGACGUUCCCCUGGGCGCUCCUCUCUGCAUCAUCGUGGAGAAGGAGAGUGACAUCGCUGCCUUCAGCGACUAUGUAGAGGCAGCGGGGACUGAUGUCUCCACCCCACCCCCUGCUCCUGCACCAGCACCGGUUGUUGCCCCCACUCCUGCAGCAGCUAGCCCAGCUCAUGUGGCCCCGGCAACCCCAAGGAAAGGGCGUGUCUUCGCCAGUCCGCUAGCCAAGAAGCUCGCUGCAGAGAAGGGCAUUGACCUGGCCCAGGUCAGCGGCUCCGGUCCUGAUGGUAGAGUCACCAGGAAAGACAUUGAGACUUUCGUCCCCCCCAAGGCUGCCCCUGCUGCUCCUGUUGCUGCAGCCCCUCCUUCCCCGGCUAGCCACGCCCCUACACCUGCCCCGGGUGUUGCCGUGCCAACAGGCACCUUCACUGACGUUCCUAUCAGCAACAUCCGCAGGGUGAUAGCCCAGAGGUUGAUGCAGUCUAAACAGACCAUUCCCCACUACUACCUGUCUGUUGACGUCAACAUGGACCAAGUCCUGGAACUACGCACGGAGCUCAACGCUGAGGUAAAGGCCCAGAACAUCAAGCUGAGUGUGAAUGAUUUCAUCAUUAAAGCCAGCUCUCUGGCCUGCCUCAAGGUCCCGGAAGCCAACUCCCAAUGGCUCGACUCUGUCAUCCGACAGAACCAUGUGGUGGACGUGAGUGUGGCGGUGAGUACACCCAACGGUCUGAUAACGCCCAUCGUGUUCAACGCCCACACCAAGGGACUGGCUGCUAUCAGUUCUGAUGUCUCAGCCCUGGCUGCCAAGGCCCGCGACGGGAAACUACAGCCGCAUGAGUUCCAGGGAGGCACGUUUACCAUCUCUAACCUGGGAAUGUUUGGCGUCAAGAACUUCUCAGCCAUCAUUAACCCUCCCCAGGCCUGUAUUCUGGCAGUAGGGGGCUCAGAGAAGAGACUGCUGCCCGCUGACAAUGAGAAAGGGUUUGAUGUGGCCAGCAUGAUGUCGGUGACGUUAAGUUGUGACCAUCGCGUGGUGGACGGAGCAGUGGGAGCUCAGUGGCUCGCAGAGUUCAGGAAGUUCCUGGAGAAGCCUGUCACCAUGCUGCUCUGAUUGGAUAACACCCUCACCAGGCCACACUGUGGUUGGCUGGAGCCGUCGCCAAGCUGAUUGGUGGAAACCGUUCAUCAUGUUUCUGUGAUUGGCUGGCCCACCACAAGGACACUCCCCCUCCCCCUUAAAGGGGUGAGGCAGGACUCACUCCCCUCAGAAUAUAAGACACUUUUCCCUCUUCCUCUGUCUCUCGCCCUCCAUAACUGUUGACAUAGUUAUUGACAUAGUUACAGUUUAGCCUAGUGGCUGUGAUGUCACUACAACAUGUUGUUUAUAAAGGUAACUGUUACAGUUGGGAGAAGAUUGUGUUUAAAGUUUAAAAAAAAUAUGAGAUUGGAGCUAAGAGUACGUUAGCAAAGAGAGAGAGAGACCUGAAGAGACACACAGACAAACACACACACUAGCCCAGCCCCUCUGAUCAGCCUGCUAUGUAGAACCAGUAUAGUCACACACUAGCCCAGCCCCUCUGAUCAGCCUGCUAUGUAGAACCAGUAUAGUCACACACUAGCCCAGCUCCUCUGAUCAGCCUGCUAUGUAGAACCAGUAUAGUCACACACUAGCCCAGCCCCUCUGAUCAGCCUGCUAUGUAGAACCAGUAUAGUCACACACUAGCCCAGCCCCUCUAUUCAGCCUGCUAUGUAGAACCAAUAUAGUCACACACUAGCCCAGCCCCUCUGAUCAGCCUGCUAUGUAGAACCAGUAUAGUCACACACUAGCCCAGCCCCUCUGAUCAGCCUGCUAUGUAGAACCAGUAUAGUCACACACUAGCCCAGCCCCUCUAUUCAGCCUGCUAUGUAGAACCAAUAUAGUCACACACUAGCCCAGCCCCUCUGAUCAGCCUGCUAUGUAGAACCAGUAUAGUCACACGCUAGCCCAGCCCCUCUGAUCAGCCUGCUAUGUAGAACCAGUGUUGUUUAUGUAAAUACAUUGACAGGAGGUCCACAUCUCUGCUGGUUGUCUUCUCUCCAUGGUAGGUAAUUGAGCGAUUGAAUGUCACUGAUUGGCCAGAGUUCAAUCGCCUAUAGCAGGUCUGAAUCAGUCCCUGAUUACAGAGGAAAGAUGACAACCAACCGUGCAGCUGACCUCCAGGUAUGGAGCUGAGAACAGCUGAUCUAUCUUGUGAUGCUCUAUGAUCAGCUGAUCUAGCUUGUAAUGCUCUAUGAUCAGCUGAUCUAUCUUGUGAUGCUCUAUGAUCAGCUGAUCUAUCUUGUGAUGCUCUAUGAUAGGGGUCUCCAACAGGUCCAUCUACCAGUAGCUACCAGCCCACCUAUGAGUAGUUCACCAAACAAUUCUGAAAGUACAUGCAAUUGUCAGUAUCAGACACAGAAAGCUCCCAACUACUAUCUAAACAACACAACGUUGACAUUAUCCCACCCCUGGUUAGCGACUAUUGGCUUCAAAAGCCAAACCUAACACAAUAUCUGGCAAUUAUUUUCCAACAAUAUUGCCUCUGUCUGUGUGGUGUGCAUGUUUUUCUAUCACUCAGUGUGUAGCCAGUUAAUAUGAUAACCGUCUUGUGGUUUUACAAAAAGACUUUCGCCAAAACCUUCUCAAUUAAACGUUAACUGCAAAGUAGGCUUUUACCUGGCAGAAGCAUAUCAUGAGUAAGUACGUCAUUUGCAUCUGUUAUUUGUUAACUGCCAUGAACUGAGCAGCAGCAGUCCAGAACCAUCACUAUAUCAGCACAUUAGAUGGGACAUUCCUCACUCCCCAGAUUCACAAUUAAAGGGCCAGAUGCACAAUUAAAGGGGAAUUAUACCCCAAAAAGUC